AUGGCCGACGAGAAGACACCCACUGAGUCGACCUCCUUCGUCGAGGACUCGGACGAGGAGAAGAAACUUGUACGAAAGAUCGACAUGUUCCUAAUGCCCACCAUCUGGGUACUGUAUUGUUUCUCGUUUAUGGACCGAACCAACAUUGGCAAUGCCAAAGUUGCGGGAAUGGAUAAGGAUCUGGGCCUCACGUCGACACAAUACUUCCUCGCAAUCGUCGUUUUCCAGGUUGGAUAUGUGAUUGCUGAAGUCCCAUCAAACAUGAUUUUGUCACGAACGAGACCGUCACGAUAUGUUCCCUUCCUCAUGUUACUGUGGGGUUCAGUGGCCGCGUUGAUGUCCCUUGUCAAGACUCCAGCACAGCUACUGGGAAUGAGGUUCUUGCUUGGCGUCAUGGAAGCCGGGUUCUCCCCAGCUGUCUUGUUUAUCAUUUCCUCGUGGUAUCGAAGGCAUGAGCAAUCGAAGCGCUUCAUGUGCUUUCUUUCUGCUGGUAUUCUAUCUGGCGCAUUCGGUGGAAUCAUCGCUGGUGCAAUUACGAAAACAAUGGAGGGAGCACAUGGAAUUGCAGGAUGGCGAUGGCUCUUCAUCGUUGAGGGUGUCGCUACUGUUGGCAUUGCAUUCAUCGCCCCCUUCUGUCUGCUCGACUAUCCCGCUACCUCGAAGCAGUUGACCCAAAGUGAACGAGAUCUUGCCGUUGCACGUCUCAAAGCCGAUGGCAUCACCUCGGGUGGGGCGAACGGCGAAGUGGCUGAAAUAUCGCACUGGCUCGCUUUCGUCCACGCAGUUUCCAACUGGCGCCUUUGGCUUCUCUGCGCAGGUUACAUGACCAUCAUCGGAUGCUAUUCCCUCUCAUACUUCAACCCAGUGCUCGUCUCUGGACUGGGAUACAAGGGCUCAGAAGCACAGUACAUGACGGUGCCCCUCUACGUUGUGGCCUUCGCCAUCGCCGUCCCCAGCUGCAUUGUUGCCGACCGUAUCCCUCGUUUCCGACCCAUCAUGGUUUGCGCAGUCCUUGUUGGUGGCUCACUUUUCUGCGCCUUGUCUGCCGGGAUCUACGCUUACAUCCCUCGAUACGUCUUCCUCUGCUUCAUCAAUAGCGCCAUCUGGACGGCGAAUCCACUCUCACUAUCCUUCGCAUCCGUUUCGAUGGGUCCCUUGCACCCAGAAACCCGUGCCGUCAGUCUUGCGAUUCUCAAUGGCAUGGCUAAUCUUGCGCAAAUCUAUGGCAGCUACCUGUUCCCAGCCGAAGACGCACCCAAGUAUCUCAAGGGCUUCGGAACAUAUUCUGGCUUGUUAGCAUUCGGAGCUGUCGUCUACGUGAGCGCCUUCUUCCUGUUCCGGAGGAGUCCCUUCAAGGCCAGGACUUGA